AUGCCGCGGGAAGUGAAGGCCAUCGACGACUUCAUCGAAAGCCGUCGCAAGGCAGGGCAAAUGCGGGAAUCGAAGUCCCCGCACAGCGCACCGACGUUCUGUGUCAAGAAGCCACAGGGUGGCUGGCGCAUCGUUCAUGCCACCCCAAGCGGUAUGCUUUGGGAGUGGCCAGUAAUGCCGCAAGGACUGAAGAACGCCCCUGCGACCUUCAAUAGAUGCGUCACGCAUCUAUUGCGCUCGGUGCGCGACUUCGCACCGAGCUACUUCGACGAC